AUGAAAAAAAUAAGUUGUAUAGUGCCGGAUUGUGGUUCCGUAGAUUCCCAAAAUGAGGGUGCUAAUACAAAGUUCCACCAGAUACCUAAAGAAGCCGAAGUGAGGAAAAAAUGGUUAAAGGCUAUAAAACGUACCGAAGGAGAAGUUAACAAAAGGUCUAAAGUGUGUUCCAAGCAUUUUAAAACCGACGAUUAUGCUAUAACCAGGCUCAAUUAUGGAGUUGGAGGUGAGUUCAAAGCUUUGAAAACGGAGGCGGUGCCUAACAUGAACCUGCCGCCAAAAUCAACUUUUAAAAUUAAGAUUAGUAAAAAGGAUAACAGCAAGCAAAUUAAAGUCGAAGAAAUAAAAGUGAAGGAGGAAAAAGUGGAAAAGCCUGAAAGGGUAAAAAUGCCUAAAAGACCUGCACCUCCAGACAGCCCUCCAAGGUCUAGAACACAGUCUAGGAGAGCAGCUAGUAAAGAAGCCCUGAAGCAGAUGCAAUUGUUGUUAGAUGAUGAAAACGAUGCUGUAGAGAUUCCAGACGAUGUCAUACCUGUUGCUCCAUCGCCAUCACCUACCGGUCCACCACCGAAGAAAAAACACAAAGUAGGACGAAAACCUCUAGAUAUCAAUGCUAAACCUACCACAGAUCGAGAUGCAAUCGUUUUACAAACAAUCACGAACCGUGAUGCCGAAAAUACACUAGAAUUGGAUUGUUGGGUAGAACAACCAGACCAAAUACACAAGGAUCGUCGAAAGAAGUACCUAGACGAGCAAAAAGAACUACAGGACAAACUCGACGCCUUAGUAGCACAAAAUCACGCGAAAGUGAUUUUCACGAAUGAGUCAAACACAAUCAUUGAAGUUUGUGAACAAAUUCGCUCAGCUGUCGAAGGAGCCGAAAAACCUCCGACCAGCGUAAUUAUAAAUAAUAACUCGGGUGGAACGCAAUCUUAUAAUUUGUUAAUGGAUCCGACAGCAGGUCUAGUUGCUUCGGCGCCUAUCCAAAUAACACCUCCCACACCACCACCACCAGUUAUCGCAGUUACUCCACAGAAAGCACCCCAAGGAAGAAUACAGGUGGCUCAGGAUCUUCAGCAAACUCCUCCUCCUGCUCCGACGACACCUCGCGUUGCCACACGAAAUCGGGCUAGAAGUUCGACAAGCAAAAAUACCCCUCCGCCUCCCGCACCAGUCACCACACCACCACCAACAAGAAGCAAAGCAACGCCCGCCCAAAGUACUCCUCCAGUACAAACUCCCCCGACACGAAAUCAAACUCGCGCCCAGGUCCAAACUACUCCAACCCCGAAACAGCCACCGGCAGCUCCACAGACAAGAGGUCAAGUGCAACCGGCGACUCCACAGACAAGAGGUCAAGUACAACCUGCAACUCCACAGACAAGAGGUCAAGUGCAACCUGCAACUUCACAGACAAGAGGUCAGGUGCAACCGGCGACUUCACAGACAAGAGGUCAGGUGCAACCGGCGACUCCGCAGACAAGAGGUCAAGUGCAGAAUACGCCACAGACUAGGGGACAGAACGCUCAGACUAGAGCCCAAAAUACAUCACGAGCAGCGCAGAUACCACCACCGACGCCAGCUCAGACUAGAGCCCAAGCCGCAGCUGCUACAGUUACAGCUACACCACCUCAGACAAGAGGCAAGAAACAAGUUAAUACUCGAGCGAGAGGGCCUGGUUCUAACACAUUCACAACAUCGAUACGUCCAUCAGAAACCAACGUAGAAGGUGGUCUUUCAGCAGGUAGUAAAAACGUAGUGGAAGUCGAUCUCACUUCUACGGACGAAGAAACCAGCAAAUUACCACCGGACAGCCGAGAAAUAGCGUUUAAUAAGUUACAAGGAAAGACCUAUCCUUCGCUGGUGGUCGUAGCUAGGCCUCACUUAAGAGCCAGGGACUUGUCUUUGGAUAGGCCCAAGUUGGACGCCAAAGUGAAAUCGGUGCUUAUGCACGCUCCACCGAAAUUUACAGAAUGGUUAAUCCAACAAGGUCUCAUCCGUUCUGAACAAAAAUGUACUGUACAUACAAACACUCAACUCAAACUCGGCAUGUACAGCGAUGUCUCCAAGUUUCCUUAUUCUGGAGGGUACGUGUGGAUUUCGGAAUGCUGUCCGCAAAGAUUUGUCUCGGUAUUCAGCGGAUCGUUGUUCGAAGGAUCGCCUCAUCCUCCAGUCGUCAUACUGAAGCUGCUGUACCAUUGGGCGUGUCAAACUAAUAUUCAGAACGUCGUGCAAUGGGUAAAAGUAGACAACCUGUACGUCAAAGGUAUGUUCACGUGGCUGCGUUCCAUCUGCACCGUAGGCCUCCAAUCACACUUCCGCCAGCUCGGAGGACCAGGAGUCAAAGUAGAAGUGGGCGUGAUCUCUCUAGGUACCAGUUCUCAAGAUGGAAGUACGCGACAAGUAAAAGUCGAAGUAUUGGGAGUUCUAGAAUCGGAGUCGAAACUUAUUAGAUUGCGAGCGGUCGAGCCUCAAACGGACGGCGAUAGGAGCUACAAAAAACGGUUUUCGAAGAUACUGGAACCGUUGAUCUCGUGGGUGCAUCCGCACAGUAUGCUGGUAGCAGAUAUGACGGUUGACAAACAAGCUUUGUACAACAUGGGAUUCACGAAUGUUGUGGUUUCGACUGUGGUUAAUAACAAUCAGAUUAUGGAGUAUUUACGGCGGAUAGUGCCGAGGAUGUUCCAAAAUACGCUGUCGUUAUUAUCAAGGCAGAUCAUCCAACAGUUUUUGGACGAAUUGGUAUGGCGAGAAUGGUUCGGUACUUCGUCCCUCCAAGCAUUCGACAGCGUGGUCCAACACUUAGCCGAACAAACUCGGUUCGAGAGCGGCAUGUCGCUGAUAGUGCGCCUUAACAAAGUCGCCCAAAAUCCGUUCAAGAGUUGGAACAUGAUCUUCAGUAAUACACCGAAACCGGUAGAAAACAAUGCCACAAAUGCGACAAACGCCACAACAAACAACUCCAAGAAAUCGAGAAACGCCAGAAAACCGGAACCUCCAAAG